AUGGCGAUCGGCUACUCUAUGUACAUCGAACGCCCCGUGCCCGACACGACAAGCGCGAAGAAUAAGUAUGCGAAGAUGGCCAUCUACGGCUGCGCACACUGUAAGACGCAUCUGUCGUCUUCGAACUAUUUCAUGAGCGACGACUACCGCGGGCGGACCGGCGCCGCGUACCUGAUGCAGAAGGUCAUCAAUGUCAUGGAGGGGCGCCGGGAGACUCGCUGCAUGUCGACAGGGCGCUACGUCGUGUGCGACAUAUACUGCCACACCUGCAAGAACCUGGUCGGCUGGAAGUACCUCCUGAGCGAGAAGCGCGACCAGGAGUACAAAGAGGGCAAAUACAUACUCGAGCUCGAGCCCAUCACAGAGUGCGACUGA